AUGGGAGGCUCCGACGACCACGCCCGCCGGACGCUGUCCCUGCCGUGGACGGUGCGCGUCCAGCUGGCCGCGCUCGCGCUAGCGCACCGCCGGGACGGCAGCGUCCGGCGCCUCCUCUUCUCCCUCGGCGACCUCAAGUCUGGCGCCACGUCCCGCCCGGACGCCUCGGGGGUGCGCUCCGCCGACGUCACCAUCGACGCCUCCCGCGGCCUGUGGGCGCGCGUCUUCUCCCCCUCGCCCGCCGCGAACGCGGACGCCGAGCCGGCCCCCGUUCCCGUCGUCGUCUACUUCCACGGCGGUGGGUUCGUGCUCUUCUCCGCGGCGUCCUGCCCCUACGACGCCUUCUGCCACCGGCUCUGCCACGACCUCCACGCCGUCGUCGUGUCCGUCAACUAUCGCCUGGCACCCGAGCACCGGUUCCCCGCGGCGUACGACGACGGCGUCGCGGCGCUCCGCUACCUCGACGCCAACGCCGACUCCCUGCCGGCGGCCCACGUCCCCGUCGACCUCUCCAGCUGCUUCCUCGCGGGCGACAGCGCGGGCGGCAACAUCACGCACCACGUGUCGCAGCGCUGGGCGGCGGCGUCCGCGUCACUGCCCGCGAACCUCCGCAUCGCCGGCGCUGUCCUGAUCCAGCCGUUCUUCGGCGGGGAGGAGCGGACGGCGGCCGAGGUGGCGCUGGACGGGGUGUCCGCGCUGUCGGUGGCGGGGACCGACCACUACUGGAGGGAGUUCCUGCCGGAGGGCGCCACGCGGGACCACGAGGCCGCGCGCGUGUGCGGCGAGGGCAUCGAGCUCGCCGACGCGUUCCCACCCGCGAUGGUGGUGGUCGGCGGCUUCGACCUGCUCAAGGACUGGCAGGUCAGGUACGUGGAGGCGCUGCGCGGGAAGGGGAAGCCGGUGCGGGUGGUCGAGUACCCCGACGCUGUCCACGGCUUCCACGCGUUCCCAGAGCUCACCGACUCCGGCAAGUUCGUGGAGGAGAUGAAUCUGUUCGUCCAAGAGCAUAGCUCCACCAACACCAAGCGUGCCGUCUAG